GCAUGUGGACAGUAAGCUGUACUCGAAGAACGCAUUAGCAGGGAAAACUUUUUCGUCUUGGCUUGAGUUUACUGAUUUCAGAUUUCAAUAAUAAGCUUCCUAAGAAUUUUGAUCCCUGUUCUUGUUAUUGUCAUAGUUAAUCUUUCACCGAAUACAUACAAAUGGAGAAAAAUUGGAGUAAAUAUAUUAUUUUGACAGCUGCCAGUUUUGCAGCAUGCAUAGGGGCAUACAUGGAAGGGAAGGAUGGCGGUGGAGGCCGCACUGGACUUGAAGGACGAGGUUGGGAAAGCCAAGCCUCUGUUGGCCUCCUCCUCCUCCCUCUCUCUCUCUCUCUUCUCUCUCUCUACUUCUUCUCCUUUCCCUUUCCAAAUCGGAGGAGAAGAGGAGCAGCAUAGGGCGAGAAUAAAGCGAAGGGCGAAGCGGUGGGAUGCAGCGGCGCAGGUCGACGCCGACCGCCCUCUCGACUUUCUGGUGGACUCUAAUGUGCGCCAUAGGAGCUAUCGCCGUCGCCGCCCUCGUGGUAGUACACGUGGUCCUUCUCCCUUCCGCCACCGCCCCCGACGCCUUCAAGCUCCCCCAGCAACGCGAGAUUGGAUACCGGCGAAACACGAACGAGCUCAGGUGGAUGCGGGAGAUCGCACCGCCCCAACUUCCCAAGCUUCCCAUUUCUGCACAAAAGGUGGGCAACUCGAAAGGAGAUUUUGAGUUUGCCAAGCUGUGGAAGUCACCUUCGAAUCGUAACUUUAUGCACUGUGUGACACCCAACUCAUCAUAUUUGCCUCCUUCGAGUUCAAGAGGCUUCUUGCUAGUUCAUGCAAAUGGUGGGUUAAACCAAAUGCGUGCUGGGAUAAGUGACAUGGUAGCAGUGGCACGAUUAAUUGAUGCAACACUUGUUAUUCCUCGGCUUGAUAAGAGAUCAUUUUGGCACGAUUCUAGCAAUUUCUCUGAUGUUUUUGAUGAAGAUCACUUUAUCCAUGCUCUGGCCAAUGAUGUAAAAGUUGUAAAGAAACUACCAAAAAAGUUGAGAAUGACCACAAAUGCAGUAGUACACUUCCGAAGCUGGUCAGGGCUGGACUACUAUCAAAGUGAGAUAUCACCUAUGUGGAAUAAUCAUCAGGUUAUCAAAGCUGCUAAGUCAGAUUCACGUCUUGCAAACAAUAACCUUCCUGCUGAUAUACAAAAACUUCGCUGCCGUGCUUUCUUUCAGGCCCUCAGAUUUGCUCCAAAAAUUGAAGCACUAGGAAAAUUAUUGGUGGAGAGGAUGAGAUUUUAUGGUCCAUUUAUUGCGUUGCACCUUCGUUACGAGAAGGACAUGCUUGCUUUUAGUGGGUGCACAUAUGGCUUGUCACCUGUUGAAUCUGAUGAAUUAGCAAGGAUCAGAGAAAAUGUUUCAUAUUGGAAGAUUAAAGACAUUGUUUCCCAAGACCAAAGGGCGAAAGGGUACUGCCCGCUGACUCCAAAGGAGGUUGCAAUUUUUAUUUCUUCUCUUGGAUAUCCACCAAAUACUCCGAUAUAUAUUGCAGCAGGGUCAAUAUAUGGAGGCAAUUCUCAUUUGGCUCAUUUGAAAUCCCACUUUCCUAUUUUGUUGAGCAAGGAGAAGUUGGCAUCAGCAGAAGAGCUCAAACCGUUUAGGCAAUAUGCCUCGCAAAUGGCAGCACUAGACUACAUAGUAUCUCUAGAAAGUGAUGUUUUUAUCCCGUCAUAUUCUGGGAAUAUGGCAAGGGCAGUCGAGGGUCACCGUCGCUUCCUUGGGCACAGGAAAACAAUUAAUCCCGACAGAAAAGCUCUAGUUCAUUUGUUUGAUAAGAUCAAUCGAGGAUCUCUGAGAGAAGGCAGGAAGCUAUCCAAUAUUAUUAGUGAGAUCCAUAAAAGAAGGCAAGGUUCUCCCCGCAAGCGGAAAGGACCUGCCACUGGCUCAAAAGGCGUAGAACGGUUUCGAUCCGAAGAAGCAUUUUACGAGAACCCUCUUCCUGACUGUUUAUGCCAGCAACAACCCUGAGAAUUGGCUGUCUAACUCGUGCAUAGAUAAUUUGACUGCGGUCAGUGUUUUAGAUGCCCACUAAAUGGUGCCAUCAGCUCAUACUUCUGACUCCAUAGAAAAUUCAAUACAAUCCAGACAUCCCACACAAGUUAGAAUGCCAGCAUGGUUAAUGAUUUUGCACAAGUUUGAUCCUAUAAGAACUCGACUUACAAGUGGAUGUGACCCGUCCCGAGAGGUGAGAUUGGGACAUAUUUCGUAUGCUUGAAGAUGAAGAGGAGGUAAACUACUACAAAUGAUGAAACAAAAGUAUCAAAAGUUAUUAUGCAAUACAGAUUGCUGAACAAUUAUUCCCAGCAUUACUCGAAGUGAUCCUUGAGCUAUUACUUAUUCCUGAAUUAGUUUAGAACAUAGCUAAAUCAUAGCUUAGUUCUUGCGUAAGUUUUCAUGAUUGCAAGGAAUAUAAUGAGAAUAAUUUGAUUGCA